UUUGAACUGGCCAGAAAACCUGGAAUUUUACACCCGCACUGGGUCAAAAGGGAACAGAGAAGCUUCUUUCAAUAUGAAGAGGAAUAUAAACAUCCUGUCGAAUAUCCGUUAGGUUAUGAAAAGCUCCUGCUUUUUGUCUGGACAUCGACUUUCCUCGAUGAAAAACGAGGCAUAGCCGACCUUUUCUUCCAAGUCGUGCAAGCUGCCUGUAAGUCUCAGGUCGAUGACCCAACAUUGGCCGCAGGAAUGCCUCUGACGGCCUCGAGAGAGGGUCUCACUCACAAGGGCGACGAGACGGCAGAUGGUCUACCUCUUACUUCCUCUGGGUCUUGGCUGGAGCGAUUUGCGGAAUCACUCAAACCUUUUCAGGACGCGACAAAUGAUUUGGUUUGGAUUUUACCAUAUCGAGCGAAUUUGCAGAGGAAGCUACUAGAUAAUAAAAGGGACCUUUAUUUGACGGAAUCUAAACAGCUGCUUGGAAGCUGUGGGCCAGUUGAGUAUUGCCAAAAGGUUGAGUGCAUGUUACUUCAAGAGCUACACCACUUGCCAAUGUACAAGCGCAUCCUUCCCGAGAUUGAACCGCAUAUUUUACCUACAUGUGUCUCCGCUUUACUGGUUGAGAAUGAGGCUAUCAUAUACGAAACAUUUCAGCAAGCAAAGCUUACUUUGGACGACAUUUCUCGGAUUCAGAUUUCCCUUGAUCGGAUUUAUCAGAUCAGAUCUCGAUUUACUCUGGCACCAGAGGAUCAAUACCACCGCCUACCGUUUGAAGUGGCAAAACAUAUCAGACGCACUAGAAGCGAAAUUCGCGAUCAAAUAUCACAAAGUGAGACUUUUUGGAAAGUAUAUGAUGAUUUGACAUGGGCAAAAUAUUCAGGAGAGAAUGAAGCACUUUGGGAACGGUUAGAGAGAUUCAUCACUCGAUUGCAAAAGCUCGGCCAGACUUGAGGGUCAACGGAUAUAGAUGUACUGUAGUUUAUUUUUCUGUUAUUCUCGAGCCUCGGAAGGAAGCAACAAGUUUCCCCGCAUAUUUGGU